AUGUGGCUUCGAAGGAGACCUUCAGAUCUGAUGGGUAGUAUAAGGUCGACUGGUCAUUGUGCGCAGUCUGAUGGAGGAAUGGCAAAAGUAUAUGGCCAAGAAUGUAAAAGAGGCUCUGUUCUACCGUCUAGCCAAAAUGCAGACCGCUGGGAUACUGUAUUUUACACGAAAUACAGUAAUCUUUAUCAUUUGCCCAGUUCAAGGAGAAAGGUCAAUUCUGGGAUUUCCCUUGAAUCCCCUUCAAGUCUACGGUCUGCUGGAAGGAUAAAAAGCCCAUUAUCCUUCAGAAUCCUGGUUUGUCUACUGGCUAUUCUACAGUGUGUCCCGGUAACCUCAGCCGUUCGCUGCUACUGCACGGACGAUCAUUGCAUACCCGCCUACGGGGUCUGUGAAGGGACCGUGUGCCUCGUUGGGAUCCGUCGACCCGACCAGUCGGUGAUCCGGACCUGCGGCGACGAACCGUUGGGCUGCCAAAAAGGUGCUGGCAAUUGGGCGGACGUCUGCGCAUGCGAUAGACCCUUCUGCAAUACGUUUUCCUAUCUUCGCGAGUCGAUUCAAAACGAGAUCGAGGUCCCUCCGCCGGAACCGAAAAGCGCCGAGUCGGAGAAGACGGACGCCCUCACGCAGCAUGCGGGAAGCAUGACGAGGGGAGAUCGGCAUGAUUUCGGAGAGGACUCGGCAGAGGAUGAGGACAGGGUCCUGUUCAAUCGAUUCGACUUGCCGCCGGGCGAGUAUAUCGACGAAGACGGACAUCAUCAUAAAUGUGAGUGAAAAUUUGGUUAUAUAGCGAAUUUCUGAACGGGUAAAGCAUCGAUUUUCUAGAAAAUUAGCAUAGAUAUUCUACAUGAAACAUGGUUAAAUUACUGAAAAUUUCAGCUCGCAAUCAGUGGGGGGAGUCGAGAUAUUGAACUUUUUUGAGAGAGUACACAAAAUGGAGAGACGGGCAGAGAAAAGAUGGUUUUUUUGGCAAUAUCUCUUUGAAUUUACCGCGGAAAAAAGUGAUUUUUUGUAGAAGCAUUCUACUGUUCUGUUCAAAUAGCAUGACAACAUUUUUUUAGAAAAAUUCAAUUUUUUUUUUUAAUUUUUUUCUAAUUUUUUCCACUAAUUCAUAACUUUUUUUCAGCCGCAAUUUCCACCCGAACCUCAUUGCUGACCAUGCUCCUCGUCAUCGUCCCGCUUUCGGUUGGGGCGGCGACAGUAAUGGUCGUAUCAUUCAAUUACUACUGCCAUCUGUGUUGA